CAUGCAACGUAUAGAUACGGUCAAGUUCCCGAAAAGAUAGAAAUCAGGCUUUAGGAUUUAUCUGCCUUCGAGUUCAGUCAAUGGACUACGUUUUUGCAGACGGUGUUUGUCUACACCAUUGUAAGAUUGAAGCUUUCAUUAAAGCUCUUAUGAACCGAAUACACACAAUGUUGGUCGCUAAUCAUUAGACAGAUACCCUCGCGAUGGCGUCGACUUCUUCAUUCGCAAUUGAGAACUUAUUGAAACCAGAAAAAACGCCCGAAGAUAUUGACGAUAAUUCACAGCCAAAGACAGCAACCUCUUCAUCGAAAGCUCUGCAUUUAGCUGAAAAACUUGCAGAAAUUAUCCUGGAAGCAAAAUGUGGCGUUGGAGUUGAGAAUCCGAAUUACAAACGUCGAACUAGGACGGCCUUUACAUCGCAUCAGUUAAUGACUUUGGAAAACAUUUUCUUGCAAACACAUUAUCCUGAUGUUUGCAUAAGAGAGAGGCUUGCAAGAUAUAUGAACUUGACUGAAUUGAAGAUACAGGUAUGGUUUAAAAAUCGUCGCGCGAAACACAGAAAAGAACAAAAAAGUGGCCAGAAACUAACAUAUGACUCACAACGUUACUAUCACAGUAGAUUACCACGAACAAAUUUGAGUAUGGACAAAUCAUGGACAUCAGAAGCUUUUGUUCUAAACAUGACUCCAGUGUUUGAUAACUAUCCAAAGGAAUCUGUGCUUCCUUACUCAUUUCCAUGCCCUUGUUGUGUUCAGAAACCACACAAUAGCGGAGAUUGGAGGUCAGGACCCUGCAAUAAUUGUUAUGCAGUAAGAAGUUCUCAUGGAUACACUGAUGAUAGCCGACUUUUUUGCCAUCAAAAUUUUAGUCUUUGGGAUGGAAAAUAAAAUACUAAUAACGUUUUCACUAAGUAUUACUCAAAACAAGACAUUAAAAAGAUUCAAAGAGAGAGAACCCAGUGCACUACUGCACUGUACAUGCAAGAAAGAGAAAUUAUAAAGCUGUCCCAAGUUGGAGGCAGUGAAGUUGUGAAUAUGUUUUUUCGUUUGAUAUUCAUGUUUUUAUAUUAUUUCCGAAGGAGGAUUUUUA